UCUUUAGCCCAGUUGAUGAAUGGAAUUGCCGCCUCUCUGGGUCAAGGUCAUGAAAGUCCCUCCCGAGGCCAGUUUGUGAUCUCUGAAUAUACACGUCCCCUGCAGCCGUCUGGUGACAAGCCAGAACAACUCUCCAUCAAACCAGCUUUCCUGGUCCGCUCGCGUUCUGGCAGCCCACGAUGCAGAUUUGAAUCAGACAUGGAGAACAAACAGAAUUCUAAUACCUCAAAGCCGAGAUAUUCGGGGAAAGUCCAUCUUUGCAUCGCCCGAUACAGCUACAAUCCGUUUGAUGGGCCGAAUGAGAACCCUGAGGCAGAACUUCCACUAACCGCAGGAAAAUAUCUCUACGUGUACGGAGAUAUGGAUGAAGAUGGCUUUUUUGAAGGUGAACUUCUAGACGGACAGAGAGGAUUGGUUCCCUCCAACUUUGUGGAUUUUGUGCAGGAUGAGUCUCGUUUAUCCUGCGGGUUGGGCGGCGAGGCAGAGCAGAACGUCCUCAACCACAGUAGUCACCUGGUGGAAGGAGAAGGCCUCCAGGACAUCAGCUUACCGGUCCAGUUAGACUCCGGCAUUCUCAAUAAUGGUGCAGGAACUCUGGAUGUGAACAUUGACGAGAUUGGAGAAAACAUUGUGCCUUACCCUCGAAAAAUUACCCUUAUCAAACAAUUAGCCAAAAGUGUCAUUGUGGGCUGGGAAGCUCCAGUUAUGCCACCUGGAUGGGGAACCAUUCAUAGCUACAACGUCCUGGUAGACAAGGAAGUACGAACGAACGUCCCCUUGGGGAGCAAAACUAAAGCUCUCAUCGAAAAAUUGAACAUCGCUACUUGCACUUACCGGAUAUCCGUUCAAAGCAUAACCAGCCGGGGCAAUUCCGACGAACUGCAGUGCACCUUGUUGGUUGGGAAAGAUGUCAUUGUGGCACCUUCACACCUUCAGGUCGACAGCGUCACCCAGAUUUCGGCGGAGAUCACCUGGCUUCCCACGAACAGCAACUACAGUCACGUGAUCUUCCUCAACGAAGAGGAAUUUGACAUUGUACGGGCUGCCACUUACAAGUAUCAGUUUUUUAACUUGAAACCCAACAUGGCCUACAAGGUCAAGGUUUUGGCCAAGCCCCAUCAGAUGCCCUGGCAGCUGCCUUUGGAGCAACGUGAAAAAAAGGAAGCUUUCGUAGAAUUUCUGACCUUGCCAGCAGGUCCACCAGCUCCACCUCAAGACAUUCGAAUUCAGGCUGGUCCAGCACCAGGAACUAUCUUGGUUUGUUGGGGGCCACCAGUUCUCACCGCAGCGGGGACCUCCAACGGAGCCAAUGUGACUGGCUAUGGUAUUUAUGCAAAAAAUCAAAGGGUGGCUGAAGUGAUGUUUCCAACUGCAGAGAACACCCCAGUGGCGCUAACCAAAAUCCAGAGCCUGGAUGCCAGAGAGGUCCUUGUGCGGACACUGUCUGCCCAAGGGGAGUCCAUGGACUCGCUGAGCGCUCCCAUCCCACCGGACUUACUGGUGCCUCCUCACCCUCAGCCAGCUCCCAAAACCAAGCCAUUAUCAAGUGCCAGUAUCCAAGAUACCAAAGAGGAACACUUGUGUCCGCACGGAAAAAGGGACGACUCCUGGGAACAGACCCACGCGGCCUCUCCCAUCCACGGACACUCCCUGGAACCUCCCAACUUCCACAGCCCGCUUCACGGGCAGCGGUCACCCUCUCCCAAUCGGAUCCUUCCACAGCCGCAGGGGGCACCUGUCCCUAACACAGUCGCCAAGGCCAUGGCCCGAGAAGCCGCGCAGCGGGUGGCAGCCGAAAGCAACAGGAUGGAGAGGAGGGCCGCCUUUCCAGAAAGAAGCAACGCGUUGCAGUACGCCAACUCUGAUGAGGAAGAAGAUGGGUACGACUCGCCCAGGGUCAAACGAAAAGGUGCUUCGGUGGAUGAAUUUUUGAAGGGCUCCGAACUUGGGAAACAGCCCCACUAUUGCCACGGGGAGGAAUAUCACACGGAAAGCAGCCGAGGCUCUGAUUUGUCUGACAUUAUGGAAGAAGAUGAGGAAGACUUAUAUUCAGAGAUGCAGCUGGAAGAUGGUGGCGGGCGGAGACGUGUUAGCGUAACCUCACAUAACACCCUGAAGGAAUGCUAUCAGCAUAAAGCCACUGAAACAGCUUUCCCGGACCCUCCCAAUUUUGCCCGCCAACGUAAAAAACUGUUCAGUAUCCCGGAAGUCGCUGAAGAGGACGGCGAUCCCUCCGAACGUUUCCACAAGCGGGGCUCACGGCGGCCCCACCAGACACGAAGCACCCUCGCUAGAGAGGGUAGAUCCAUCAAGGCCUACCCUCCAGACCAUCCUCCCUUCUGGCACCCCACCAAGUCACAGAGUAUGGAGGACCCCGAAGAACGAGGCUGUAGAUCCAGCAGGUCUUCCAUCCGAAGUCCAGACAGUGGCUUGGACUGUGGCAGCGAAGAAGAAGAAUCACGUUUUAAUGUUCUCCCCGUGCAGGAGACCCUCGCUGCCCCUAUGUCCCCCGCCAGUUGUCGGGAUGAUGACAGCUCUUCUUUAUCCUCACGGCCGCUCUUGGCCCGUCGGAAGACCCUGGUGCGGCAGAGCAGCGUUGAAGAAGACUUUGGAGACCCCAUCCAGCUCUUUGUGGACUCUCCGAAGCAGGAGGACUUUCCAGCUUGUUACAAGAGGAAGCCCGAACAUCAGAGAUGUUGUAGAGCAGAACACUUGGCCCACGAAGAUGCUCAAGGAGACUGGAGUAGUAGCCCCUUGGUAGAGAACGAAGCGAGACUAACUCCUCUUCCGUUUUCAAAGCAGCCCAACCAAAAGUCUGAAGCCCCACCGCUCUUAAGUAACCCGAUGUCGUCCAGGCGACCAGACCGAGGAGAGCAUCCAGGUCAAAGGUUAUCUCGUGACACUUCAGGUCCUCGAAGGUCGCGUCCCAGUCUGGUCCCUUCUAUGGAUGGGUACGGUACUCACGACCGUCUGUCGCCGGAGAUUUACGAAGAAUCGGAAACUGAUCCCGGAGCAGAAGAGAUGGCCCCGCGCAUCUUUGUCGCCCUCUUUGAUUACGAUCCACUGACCAUGUCUCCAAACCCCGAUGCGACAGAAGAACUGCCGUUUAAAGAAGGACAGAUUAUCAAGGUUUACGGAGACAAAGAUGCUGAUGGGUUUUAUCGGGGGGAAACGUGUGCGAGGCUGGGCCUUAUCCCUUGCAACAUGGUUUCCGAAAUCCAAGCGGAUGACGCAGAAAUGAUGGACCAUCUUCUGAGGCAAGGCUUUCUCCCUCUGAACACCCCUAUCGAGAAACUUGAAAGAAACAGAAGAAGCAGCCGUCCGCCUGGGUCAGCCACAAGAAGAAUGGUUGCGUUAUAUGACUACGAUCCAAGAGAAAGCUCUCCUAAUGUUGACGUGGAGGCUGAGCUCACAUUUUGUACUGGAGACAUUAUUACUGUCUUUGGAGAAAUUGACGAAGAUGGUUUUUAUUAUGGGGAACUUAACAACCAGAUGGGUCUUGUUCCUUCGAAUUUUCUUGAAGAAGUGCCUGAUGACGUAGAAGUUUAUUUAUCCGACGCUCCCUCGCGAUACCCUCAAGACGCACCCAUUCGUACAAAAGCGAAAAGGAAGAAGAGUGUUCAUUUCACACCUUAAAAAUGGGCAACGUUGCCUU